GGAAGUGGUAGGACUAGCUGUCGCUCAGGGGCGGGCGGGUGGUGGAGACCGCGAGGUUGUGCUGGCCGGCUCGUGGACUGGCAGCCAUGGAGCUGUGGCGACAGUGCACCCACUGGCUGAUCCAAUGCCGGGUGCUGCCCCCCAGCCACCGCGUCACCUGGGAUGGGGCUCAGGUGUGCGAGCUGGCCCAGGCCCUCCGGGAUGGUGUCCUGCUCUGCCAGCUGCUCAACAACCUGCUGCCCCAUGCCAUCAAUCUGCGCGAGGUCAACCUCCGUCCCCAGAUGUCCCAGUUCCUGUGCCUUAAGAACAUUCGCACCUUCUUGUCUACCUGCUGCGAGAAGUUUGGCCUCAAGCGGAGCGAGCUCUUCGAGGCCUUUGACCUCUUUGAUGUGCAGGAUUUUGGGAAGGUUAUCUACACCCUGUCCGCUCUGUCUUGGACCCCAAUUGCCCAGAAUAAGGGGAUCAUGCCCUUCCCCACCGAGGAGGAGAGCGUGGGAGAUGAAGACGUCUACAAUGGCCUGUCAGACCAGAUCGAUGACACGGUGGAGGAGGACGAAGACCUGUACGACUGCGUGGAGAACGAGGAGGCCGAGGGAGACGAGAUCUACGAGGACCUCAUGCGCUCGGAGCCGGCACCCAUGCCACCCAAGAUGACCGAGUACGACAAGCGGUGCUGCUGCCUGCGGGAGAUCCAGCAGACGGAGGAGAAGUACACCGACACGCUGGGUUCCAUCCAGCAGCACUUUCUGAAGCCCUUGCAGCGGUUCCUCAAACCCCAAGAUGUUGAAAUUAUCUUCAUCAACAUAGAGGACCUGCUUCGAGUGCACACUUACUUCCUGAAGGAGAUGAAGGACGCCCUGGUCAACCCCAAUGCCCCCACCCUCUAUCAGGUCUUCAUCAAGUACAAGGAGAGGUUCCUUGUCUACGGUCGCUACUGCAGCCAGGUGGAGUCUGCCAGCAAGCACCUGGACCGCGUGGCCACAGCCCGGGAGGACGUGCAGAUGAAGCUCGAGGAAUGUUCUCAGCGAGCCAACAAUGGGAGGUUCACCUUGAGGGACUUGCUGAUGGUGCCCAUGCAGCGCGUGCUCAAGUACCACCUCCUCCUCCAGGAGCUGGUGAAACACACGCAGGACGCGAUAGAUAAGGAGAACCUGCGGCUGGCCCUGGAUGCUAUGAGGGACCUGGCGCAGUGCGUGAACGAGGUGAAGCGGGACAACGAGACGCUGCGGCAGAUCACCAACUUCCAGCUGUCUAUUGAAAACCUGGACCAGUCUCUGGCCCACUUCGGCCGGCCCAAGAUCGACGGCGAACUCAAGAUCACCACGGUGGAGCGGCGCUCCAAGAUGGACAGGUAUGCCUUCCUGCUGGACAAAGCUCUGCUCAUCUGUAAGCGUCGGGGGGAAUCCUACGACCUCAAAGAGAUCGUGAACCUACAGAACUUCCAGGUUCGGGAUGACUCCUCCGGAGAGCGAGACAGCAAGAAGUGGACCCAUAUGUUCCUCCUGAUUGAGGACCAAGGUUCCCAGGGCUAUGAGCUGUUCUUCAAGACACGGGAGCUGAAGAAGAAGUGGAUGGAGCAGUUUGAGAUGGCUAUCUCCAAUAUCUACCCUGAGAAUGCCGCUGCUAACGGGCACGACUUCCAGAUGUUCUCCUUUGAGGAGACCACUUCCUGCAAGGCUUGCCAGAUGCUGCUGAGAGGCACCUUCUAUCAAGGCUACCGCUGCCAUCGGUGCAGGGCUCCUGCACACAAAGAGUGUCUGGGGAGGGUCCUUCCGUGCGGUCGACACGGGCAAGGAGAUUUUGCAGGAACUAUGAAGAAGGAUAAGCCACAUCGCAGGGGUCAGGACAGAAAGAAGAAUGAACUGGGCUUGCCCAAGAUGGAGGUCUUUCAGGAAUACUAUGGACUUCCUCCACCCCCUGGAGCCUUUGGACCUUUCCUACGGCUCAACCCUGGAGACAUCGUGGAGCUCACCAAAGCUGAGGCUGAACAGAACUGGUGGGAGGGCAGGAAUACAGCUACCAAUGAAGUUGGCUGGUUUCCCUGUAACCGAGUCAAGCCCUAUGUCCAUGGCCCCCCUCAGGACCUGUCUGUUCAUCUCUGGUAUGCUGGCCCCAUGGAGCGUGGUGGGGCAGAGAGCAUCCUCACCAACCGUUCUGAUGGAACAUUCUUGGUACGGCAGAGGGUGAAAGACGCAGCAGAAUUUGCCAUCAGUAUUAAGUAUAAUGUCGAGGUCAAGCACAUUAAAAUCAUGACGGCAGAAGGGCUGUACCGAAUCACAGAGAAGAAGGCUUUCCGGGGGCUUACGGAGCUGGUGGAGUUUUACCAGCAGAACUCCCUGAAGGAUUGCUUCAAGUCGCUGGACACCACCUUGCAAUUUCCCUUCAAGGAGCCAGAGAGGAGAGCCAUCAGCAAACCACCAGCAGGAAGCAUGAAGUAUUUCGGCACAGCUAAGGCCCGCUAUGACUUCUGUGCUCGGGACCGAUCAGAGCUAUCCCUCAAGGAGGGCGACAUCAUCAAGAUCCUUAAUAAGAAGGGGCAGCAAGGCUGGUGGCGAGGGGAGAUCUAUGGCCGGAUCGGCUGGUUCCCGUCCAACUACGUAGAAGAAGAUUACUCUGAGUACUGCUGAUUUCUGGUGCCCUGGCAGAGAGAUGGGACACUCCAGGCUCUGAGCCCACAAUGAGCAGGCAGCUGGGCCAGGGGCUGUGACAGGCCCCAGCGGGCUGAGGGUCUGGGAAGGACCGUGGAAAGCCCGAGCCCAGCUGACUGGGCUCCGGGGAUGCCUGUCCACCGUUAAUUUAUAACACACUGUUUUCCUCCUGGGUCCCCUCGAGAAGGUGGGGAGGAAGACAACUGCUUUUAAUAAAAAUGAUGACUCGAGACA